UCUCCUGCAAAACCCUAAAUUCUUGUUUGCUGAACAAAUUCUUACCUCAUGCCAAAAAAAUUGCAAUUUUCUUCUCUGUAAUUAUUGCUAUUUUUUUUUAUUUUUUAAAAUCAUUUUUCAAGCUUUGUGUCUUCUCAAAAAUGAAGAUUUAAGCCACGAAAUUUUCAUUGCAGAAAAAGUAAAUCCAAAUUUAAUGCUCAUAAAACUGAGUUGCUUUUGAUCUUCGAAUUUUUUAUCAAAGUUGUUAUCUUAUUAUUUUUUUCAAACACUUUUUUCUUCUAUUUUUAUGCUUUUUUUACUCUGUAACUGAGCUCAAGUUGUGUUAUUUUCUGAUAAAUUUUCCUUUUUUUUUUCGAUUUAAUCGCUCUAAAAUUUUAAAAAUAGCUUCAAUCUUCAAUCGUAGGUUGCAGGGUUUUAGGGUUUUAGCCAGUUGUGAUUUGUUUUUUUUUCCCCAUAUAUGGAGGACAAAGAGGGACCUACGCUCGGUGUCACAGUGAAAGGAGAUGAAUGUCUAGAUGGCUUCCACGUGGCCUCAUAUGUGGGGCCUACAGCUCCGAGCAUCGUUGCACCUCCGCCUAGCAUGGUAGUGCCACCGGGACAUGGCAACGGUUCAGAGAUGAUGAAGAAGAAAAGAGGAAGACCGAGAAAGUACGCACCGGAUGGAUCUUUGGCCAUAACAUUGUCGCCGAUGCCGAUAUCGGCGUCGAUUCCGAUGAACGGAGACUUUCCCGGUUGGAAUCAGGGAAAAGCCCAACCAGUUGACACGUUCAUCAAAAAGUCACUUAACUAUGAGCUCGAGACCAACCCAGGUGACAAAAUCGCAUAUUUUGUCGGGACAAAUUUCACACCUCAUGUGAUCACUGUGAAUGCUGGUGAGGACGUUUCAAUGAAGGUGAUGUUUUUUUCUCAGCAAGGAGCUCAUGCUAUCUGCGUCCUCUCGGCGAAUGGAACUAUUUCAAAUGUUACCCUUCGUCAGCCUACUUCAUCCGGUGGUACUCUGACGUAUGAGGGACAUUUCGAGAUCCUUUCAUUGUCUGGGUCAUAUAUGCCUACUAACAAUGGCGGAACGAAGAGUAGGUCAGGUGGGAUGAGUAUUUCUUUGGCAGGUCCAGAUGGUCGUGUUCUAGGAGGGGGACUUGCUGGUCUGUUGGUAGCUGCCGGUCCUGUGCAGGUUGUUGUCGGCAGUUUCCUACCGGGUCACAAGCAGGAGCAGAAGCACAAGAAACAGAGAAUUGAACCCACGGUGACUAUCAUCAGUCCUACGGCUACACAUUCCAUGCCUGCAGACAUUAAUGUGUCCUAUGGUAGAAUCAAGCCAAUUUUCACCUAUUCAUUCCAUGGAGACAAUUCAGGUUCUUUAAACCCUAUCCAGAGCUAUAGAAAUUCUAGUAUUGACAAUAACUCGCCUUCAGCUGAAAACGAAUCAAACAGCCGUAGUCUAUCACAGUGUCAAGUUUCGAGCUGAUAGAACAUGCUCGAUGGUCUAUCUAUACGGACAUGAAAUCCUUGUCCGAAACAAAUAUAAGCCCUUUAAAGCUAGGUUUUAACCCCUAAUUGUACUGUCUUGUUAGGUUUAGGUAGGAUUCCUAAUCGUUAGGAACUGUACUCGGCUUUCUUCACUCCGCAUGGUGUAUUUUCUAGUGAUGUAUCACUCGUUGAUAGAAAAUUUAUGAAUGAUUGAAGACUGGUACCAUUUCUCUCA